AUGGCUCGCCUCAACUUUUCGAAAGAAAGAGAGAUCACAAGAAGAAGAUACAAAAGCCACCUUAAAUGGUAUUCGGUAGAUUCAGAAUCAUCUGACACUGACAUCAUCAACUACUAUUCGAACCUGUCGAGCCAAAUACAAAAUGCGACUAAUGGAGUGAGCACUAGAAUUGCUAAUGGUUUCUUCUUAAACAAGCAGUUCGCCAUCUCAGAUCAGUACAGAGGUGAUAUCGCGAAGAAAUAUGCAGCUCUUAUACAGUCUGUGGACUUCACAAAUCAGCAACAGGCAGCUGAGACAAUAAACACAUUUGUCAACGAAACAACGGCAGGAAAAAUAGAAGAAAUUGUGAAAGCAGAAGAAUUGAAAGAUCCGUUUUCUAUUAUUGUGAAUGCCAUAUAUUUCAACGCCGAAUGGGAAAUUAAGUUUGACAGUAACAGAAAUUCGCUUGGAACGUUCCACACUACACCAGAAAAAGGAAGAGAGAUAACAAUACCGAAGAUAAAAAUCGAAACAGACUUCAAACUGAAGAAAGCUCUCGUCGCCAUGGGAGCAACGGAAAUGUUCACCGCGAACGCCGAUCUCAGCGGAAUUGUCAAAGCGCCACCACUUUAUGUUUCGAAAGCCGCUCAUAAGGCAAUUAUUGAGGUUGACGAGGCCGGCACAACCGCUGCAGCUGCCACAAUGAUGGAGAUUAUGGAAACAGCAAGCCUUGAAACGAACGAAGCAAAACGCUUCGUUGCCGACCAUCCAUUUUUGUUUGCUCUCACAAAAGACAAAAAUCCGUUAUUUGUAGGACAAGUGCCAAGGAGAUUCCAGAAGUCCUGGAGUGAAGAGGAAAAUCUUGGAUAUGACGCCCGUAGUGGUCGGCCAUCAGAAAUUGACAAUGGCCUACUGAGAGCUAUUAUUGGAGCAGACUCUGUCCUAAAAACACGAGAAGAUGCCGACGAAGAAAACGUUAAAUACUCUUCUGUCGUUUGCCACUCGAAGGAAAGUGGAAGGUGA